AAUGCAUUGUCUCUUGGCGAUCAAUUACAGUUUCCUUUGACUUGCUACAAUGUGAGGGAAUCUGUACCACAAGCAUCUUCAACUUCUCUUAGUGAGGCUUGCAGAAAUCACACUAUUCUCAUCAAUGCUGCUCUUUUCAAUGGAGCACUGAGUUGUAGUUGUAAUGUGGAAACAAGUUCUAGUCAACUAUGUGAGAAGUUGGGUGGCCAGUGCACUUGUGCUCCCAAUGUUGUUACUCGAAAAUGCGCUACUUGUAAUUACACAUUUUUUGGAUUUAGUGCUACUGGAUGUGAAGCUUGUAAUUGUCAUCCUGUUGGUUCCCUGUCAACUCUGUGCAAUGAGACUGGAUACUGUGACUGCAAAGGGAAUGCUGGUGGUCAGAGAUGUGAUAGUUGCAAGCCAACAUUUUAUAAUUUCAGCAGCAGCAACCCUGAUGUCUGUGAAGGUACAUGUUGCAUUAGACUGGAUUGA